UGUGACGUAGGCAUUCGAGGAGGCCGGAAAAGGAAAAUUCCCUUUGAUUCUCUUCCUACCAGGUCCACUCUAGGAAGCACAUAUCUAUCAUUCUGGCUCCUUGUUGAGCAGGGUCUUCAGACUUGGCCCUUUUGACUUCUGGACUUCAAUUCCCAGAAUUCCUCAGCCAGCGUGCCUGGAGCGCUCAGGAAAUUGCUGGAAGAAUUUGCCGUUGCUCUCCUCAGGCGGGUAAAGGCCGAGUGAGCGGAGACCUAUUUCUGCCCUCCUGCAAACCGGAGAAGGGGCUGCGGAGGGGCUGGGGGACAUUUGGGACUCUCGGGCUCCUUUUGGCUGCCCUCGAGCAGGAGACCCGAUGGAGGCCCAGGGAUCUCCAGGGAUGGAGGCCGCCCUCAGCCCAGAGAUCCACCGCCGGCGCUUCCGCGGUCUCGACGGCUGCCGCCAGGAGGCCGAGGGGCCCCGGGAGCUUUGCAGCCGCCUGCACCGCCUGUGCCGCCAGUGGCUGCGGCCGGAGAGGAGCAGCAAAGGGGAGAUGCUGGACCUGGUGGUGCUGGAGCAGCUGCUGGCCCUGCUGCCCGCGGAGAUGGCGAGCUGGGGUGAGGGAGUGCGGAGCCGAGAGCUGUUCGCAGGCGGUGGCCCUGGCCGAAGGCUUCCUCCUCAGCCAAGCCCAGCGGGAAGAGCCGGGAAAGGGGCAGGAGCCGUUCACAGAGGAGAUUUCAGCAGAGCUCCGAGGGAGAGGAGAUCUAUUCCGCUCUAUUCAGGAGCUGUUUUUCUGGAGGAUCCAACUCUGGCCACCUUGCCAGAUGAGGAGUCUGUGAAUGAGAACGACAAGGAGGCAAGGUUAAAUCUACUCGAAAUAGAGAAGAACGAAAUAAAAAUAAUCCUUGGCCAUCAGAGGGACACCAAAAAGCUAAAGAGAAAAGAGUCAGAAAAUGGAGGGGAGAAGUCAUCCACUUCGCUUGGUAUUCAUGGCUUCCUAUCCCAGCAAGAUCAAAAAGAAAUGAGAAAACGAAAAUAUAGAAAAAAAGAAAACAUGAAUUUGAAUUACCUAACUAUGGCAGAAACCAGACUAAAAAAACCCUGCAUGCCUGUAGAGACUAUGGAGAAUAACUCAUUCGCUUCUACUUCACCCAAAAAAUUUUAUGGGAAAUGCAAACCACAUAUCUCUGUAAAAACUGGGGUGGGUUCCAGUCUGAGCAGAAAGAGGAAAGUCUGCAUGCAGUAUGAAAAGACUUUCAGUAGGAAAAGUAAACUUAUUUGCCACCAAAGGAUCCACACGGGGGACAGACCAUAUAAAUGCAUGGAAUGUGGAAAGAACUUUAACCAGAAAGAAGAUCUUAAUCGUCACGAAAGGAUCCACACUGGGGAGAGACCGUAUAAAUGCAUGGAAUGUGGAAAGACCUUUACCCGGAAAGAAGAUCUUAAUCGUCACAAAAGGAUCCACACUGGGGACAGACCGUAUAAAUGCACGGAAUGUGGAAAGACCUUUACCCAGAAAGGAAAUCUUAAUCUUCAUGAGAGGAUGCACACUGGGGACAGACCGUAUAAAUGCACGGAAUGUGGAAAGAGUUUCAUUAGAAACAGUCAUCUUAUUUGUCACCAAAAGAUCCACUCGUAUAAAUGUAUGGAAUGUGGAAAGAGUUUCAUUACAAACAGUAAUCGUAUUUGUCACCAAAAGAUCCACACUGGGAAGCGACCGUAUAAAUGCAUGGAAUGUGGAAAGACCUUUAACCAGAAAGGACAUCUUAAUCAUCACGAAAGGAUCCACACAGGGGAGAGACCGUAUAAAUGCAUGGAAUGUGGAAAGAGCUUUAUUCAGAAAGGAGAUCUUAAUCGUCAUAAAAGGAUCCACACUGGGGAGAGACCUUAUAAAUGCAUGGAAUGUGGAAUGACCUUUACUCAGAAAGGACAUCUUAAUCAUCACAAAAGGAUCCACACGGGGGACAGACCGUAUAAAUGUAUGGAAUGUGGAAAGAGCUUUACCCAGAAAGGAUAUCUUAAUCUUCAUGAGAGGAUCCACACUGGGGAGAGACCAUAUAAAUGCAUGGAAUGUGGAAAGAGUUUUUCCCGGAAAGGAUAUCUUAAUCUUCAUGAGAGGAUCCACACUGGGGACAGACCGUAUAAAUGUAAGGAAUGUGGAAAGACAUUUACCUGGAAAAGAGAUCUUAACCGUCACAAAAGGAUCCACACUGGGGAUAGUCUGUAUAAAUGCAUGGAAUGUGGAAAGACCUUUACCUGGAAAGGAACUCUUAAUCGUCACAAAAGGAUCCACACUGGGGACAGAUCGUAUAAAUGCAUGGAAUGUGGAAAGUACUUUACCUGGAAAGGAUAUCUUAAUCUUCAUGAAAGCAUCCAUUCUGGGGACAGACCGAAUAAAUGCAUGGAAUGUGGAAAGAGUUUCAUUAGCAAAAGUCAUCUUAUUGCCACCAAAGGAUUCACAGUGGGAAGUGACCAUAUAAGUAGAUCGGAGACCCAUUUCUGCCCUCCUGCAAACCGGAGAAGGGGUUUCGGAGGGGCUGGGCGACAUUUCGGACCGUCUCGGACCUCUUUUGGCUGCCCUCGAGCAGGAGACCCGAUGGAGGCCCAGGAAUCCCCAGGGAUGGAGGCCGCCCUCAGCCCAGAGAUCCUCCGCCGGCGCUUCCGCGGUCUCGACGGCUGCCGCCAGGAGGCCGAGGGGCCCCGGGAGCUUUGCAGCCGCCUGCACCGCCUGUGCCGCCAGUGGCUGCGGCCGGAGAGGAGCAGCAAAGGGGAGAUGCUGGACCUGGUGGUGCUGGAGCAGCUGCUGGCCCUGCUGCCCGCGGAGAUGGCGAGCUGGGUGAGGGAGUGCGGAGCCGAGAGCUGUUCGCAGGCGGUGGCCCUGGCCGAAGGCUUCCUCCUCAGCCAAGCCCAGCGGGAAGAGCCGGGAAAGGGGCAGGAGCCGUUCACAGAGGAGAUUUCAGCAGAGCUCCGGGGCAGAGGAGAUCGAUCCAGCUCUAUUCAGGAGCUGUUUUUCUGGAGGAUCCACCUCUGGCCACCUUGCCAGAGCCCUGAUUCCUUUAAGGGGAUGACUGUGGACUUCACAGAUGAGGAGUGGAGGCUGCUAGAUUCCAGCCAGAAGGCCUUGUGCAGAGAAGUCGUGCAGGAGUUUUCUAAGAAUAAGGCUGCUCUGGAUGAUGAGUCUGUGAAUGAGAUUGACAAGGAGGCAAGAUUAAAUCUACCCAAAAUAGAGAAGAAAGAAGUAAAAUUAAUCCUUGGCCAUCAGAGGGACACCAAAAGGCUAAAGAGAAAAGAGUCAGAAAAUGGAGGGGAGAAGUCAUCCACUUCUCUUGGUAUUCAUGGCUUCCUAUCCCAGCAAGAUCAAAAAGAAAUGAGAAAAGGAAAAUAUAGAAAAAAAGAAAACAUGAAUUUGAAUUACAUAACUAUGGCAGAAACCAGACUAAAAAAACCCUGCAUGCCUCUAGAGACUAUGGAGAAUAACUCAUUCGCUUCUACUUCACCAAAAUUUUUUUAUGGGAAAUGCAAACCACAUAUCUCUGUAAAAACUGGGGCGGGUUCCAGUCUGAGCAGAAAAAGGAAAGUCUGCAUGCAGUGUGGAAAGAGUUUCAGUAGGAAAAGUAAACUUAUUUGCCACCAAAGGAUCCACACUGGGGAGAGACCAUAUAAAUGCAUGGAAUGUGAAAAGACUUUUACCCAGAAAGUACAUCUUAUUCAUCACAAAAGGAUCCAUACUGGGGAGAGACCGUACAAAUGCACAGAAUGUGGAAAGAGUUUCAAUAGAAACAGUAAUCGUAUUUGUCACCAAAAGAUCCACACUGGGAAGCAACCGUAUAAAUGCAUGGAAUGUGGAAAGACCUUUAACCAGAAAGGACAUCUUAAUCAUCACGAAAGGAUCCACACAGGGGAGAGACCGUAUAAAUGCAUGGAAUGUGGAAAGAGCUUUAUUCAGAAAGGAGAUCUUAAUCGUCACAAAAGGAUCCACACCGGGGAGAGACCUUAUAAAUGCAUGGAAUGUGGAAAGAGCUUUACCCGGAAAGGAUAUCUUAAUCUUCAUGAGGGGAUGCACACUGGGGACAGACCGUAUAAAUGCAUGGAAUGUGGAAUGACCUUUACUCAGAAAGGAUAUCUUAAUCUUCAUGAGAGGAUCCACACUGGGGAUAGACCGUAUAAAUGCAUGGAAUGUGGAAAGACCUUUACCUGGAAAAGAGAUCUUAAUCUUCAUGAAAGGAUCCACACCAGGGAGAAACCCUAUAAAUGCAUGGAAUGUGGAAAGACCUUUUCCCGGAAAGGAUAUCUUAAUCUUCAUGAGAGGAUCCACACUGGGGACAGACCGAAUAAAUGCAUGGAAUGUGGAAAGAGUUUCAUUAGGAAAACUCAUCUUACUUGCCACCAAAGGAUUCACAGUGGGAAACGACCAUAUAAGGCGCAGCACCUGGGCAGGAGCAAGCGGGCGAUGAAGUGGGGCGACGCCGAGAUCAUCGCGGAGACCCGUUUCUGCCCUCCUGCAAACCGGAGAAGGGGUUUCGGAGAGGCCGGGGGACAUUUGGGACUUUCUCGGGCUUCUUGUGGCUGCCCUCGAGCAGGAGACCCGAUGGAGGCCCAGGGAUCCCCAGGGAUGGAGGCCGCCCUCAGCCCAGAGAUCCACCGCCGGCGCUUCCGCGGUCUCGACGGCUGCCGCCAGGAGGCCGAGGGGCCCCGGGAGCUUUGCAGCCGCCUGCACCGCCUGUGCCGCCAGUGGCUGCGGCCGGAGAGGAGCAGCAAAGGGGAGAUGCUGGACCUGGUGGUGCUGGAGCAGCUGCUGGCCCUGCUGCCCGCGGAGAUGGCGAGCUGGGUGAGGGAGUGCGGAGCCGAGAACUGUUCGCAGGCGGUGGCCCUGGCCGAAGGCUUCCUCCUCAGCCAAGCGCAGCGGGAAGAGCCGGGAAAGGGGCAGGAGCCAUUCACAGAGGAGAUUUCAGCAGAGCUCCGAGGGAGAGGAGAUCUAUUCCGCUCUAUUCAGGAGCUGUUUUUCUGGAGGAUCCAACUCUGGCCACCUUGCCAGAACUCUGAUUCCUUUAAGGGGGUGACUGUGGACUUCACGGAUGAGGAGUGGAGGCUGCUAGAUUCUGGCCAGAAGGCCUUGUGCAGAGAAGUCGUGCAGGAGUUUUCUAGGAAUAAGGCUGCUCUUGAUGAGGAGUCUGUGAAUGAGAACGACAAGGGGGCAAGGUUAAAUCUACUCAAAAGGCUAAAGAGAAAAGAGUCAGAAAAUGGAGGGGAGACGACAUCCACUUCUCUUGGUAUUCAUGGAUUCCUAUCCCAGCAAGAUCAAAAAGAAAUGAGAAAAGGAAAAUAUAGAAAAAAAGAAAAUAUGAAUUUGAAUUACCUAACUAUGUCAGAAACCAGACUAAAAAAACCCUGCAUGCCUGUAGAGACUAUGGAGAAUAACUCAUUCGCUUCUACUUCACCCAAAACACUUUAUGGGAAAUGCAAACCACAUAUCUCUGUAAAAACUGGGGCGGGUUCCAGUCUGAGCAGAAAAAGGAAAGUCUGCAUGCAGUAUGGAACGAGUUUCAGUAGGAAAAGUAAACUUAUUUGCCACCAAAGGAUCCACACUGGGGACAGACCAUAUAAAUGCAUGGAAUGUGGAAAGAGCUUUACCAAGAAAGAAGAUCUUAAUCGUCACGAAAGGAUCCACACUGGGGAGAGACCGUUUAAAUGCAUGGAAUGUGGAAAGACUUUUACCCAGAAAGUACAUCUUAUUCAUCACAAAAGGAUCCACACUGGGGAGAGACCGUACAAAUGCACGGAAUGUGGAAAGAGUUUCAUUAGAAACAGUCAUCUUAUUUGUCACCAAAAAAUCCACUCGUAUAAAUGUAUGGAAUGUGGAAAGAGUUUCAAUAGAAACAGUAAUUGUAUUUGUCACCAAAAGAUCCACACUGGGAAGCGACCCUAUAAAUGCAUGGAAUGUGGAAAGACCUUUAACCAGAAAGGACAUCUUAAUCAUCACGAAAGGAUCCACACAGGGGAGAGACCGUAUAAAUGCAUGGAAUGUGGAAAGAGCUUUAUUCAGAAAGGAGAUCUUAAUCGUCACAAAAGGAUCCACACUGGGGAGAGACCUUAUAAAUGCAUGGAAUGUGGAAAGAGCUUUACCCAGAAAGGAGAUCUUAACCAUCACAAUAGGAUCCACACUGGGGACAGACCGUAUAAAUGCAUGGAAUGUGGAAAGAGCUUUACCCGGAAAGGAUAUCUUAAUCUUCAUGAGGGGAUGCACACUGGGGACAGACCAUAUAAAUGCAUGGAAUGUGGAAUGACCUUUACUCAGAAAGGACAUCUUAAUCAUCACAAAAGGAUCCACACGGGGGACAGACCGUAUAAAUGCAUGGAAUGUGGAAAGAGCUUUACCCAGAAAGGAUAUCUUAAUCUUCAUGAGAGGAUCCACACUGGGGAGAGACCAUAUAAAUGCAUGGAAUGUGGAAAGAGUUUUUCCCGGAAAGGAUAUCUUAAUCUUCAUGAGAGGAUCCACACUGGGGACAGACCGUAUAUAUGCAAGGAAUGUGGAAAGACGUUUACCUGGAAAAGAGAUCUUAACCGUCACAAAAGGAUCCACACUGGGGACAGUCCGUAUAAAUGCAUGGAAUGUGGAAAGACCUUUACCUGGAAAAGAGAUCUUAAUCGUCACGAAAGGAUCCACACCGGGGAGAGACCCUAUAAAUGCAUGGAAUGUGGAAAGACUUUUUCCCGGAAAGGAAAUCUUAAUCGUCACAAAAGGAUCCACACUGGGGACAGACCGUAUAAAUGCAUGAAAUGUGGAAAGUGCUUUACCCGGAAAGGAUAUCUUAAUCUUCAUGAAAGCAUCCAUACUGGGGACAGACCGAAUAAAUGUAUGGAAUGUGGAAAGAGUUUCAUUAGCAAAAGUCAUCUUAUUUGCCACCAAAGGAUUCAUAGUGGGAAGCAAUCAUAUAAGUAGAUAGACUGGAAAAAGCUAUACUGGGAAAGCUCAUCUUAAAUUGUCAUGAAAGGAUCCACACUGGGGAUGGAAUGCAUUAAUGCACAGUAUGUGGAAAUAGUUUUACUUGGAAAACACAAUUCUCAUAAAGAGCAUAUAAAUCCAGGGAGGGUAGAAAGAGCCCUUCUGAAGAGAGAGGCGAUAGUGGCCACCAAAGUAUUGGAUGUUAAAUUAUAAAUAUAUUUAUAUUAUAAACGUAAAGGCGAAAAAUAUAAUUCCUGUUUAAAAUAUAUGCAAAUUCCUAUUCUGAGAAGUCUAUUUUUUAUCAUAUAAAAUAAAUAUUUUUAGCUUAUUCUUGAUCUUUAGUUAUACAAAUUCUUGAUAAAUUGGUUACGGGCCAUCAAAUGAGCAGGGGUCUGCAACCUUAAACACUCAAAGAGCCACUUG